GCUUUAUUUUCCAGGAAAAAUGGAGCACUCAAUCUUCGGGGCAUGGGAUUAUGUCAUAAUAGCGGCAACCUUAAUAAUCUCUACCGCUAUAGGAGUAUACUACCGCUUAAGUGGAGGGAAACAAAAAACGAAUGAGGAAUUUUUACUGGCGGACCGAAACAUGUCUAUAAUGCCAGUCGCAGUAUCUCUGAUGGCUUCCUUUAUGUCCGCCAUAUCCUUACUAGGAGGAUCAUCAGAAACCUACACUUACGGGAUGAUGUUUAUACUAAUAAACUUGCCCUACGGCUACGGCACACCAAUCGUAACAAAACUCUACUUACCAGUAUUUUUCGGGCUUCAAAAAACAAGUACUUACGAGUAUUUAGAGCUGCGAUUUGGACGUUACAUACGGAUGCUUACGUCUUUAACAUACACCUUACAAAUGGUGUUGUACAAUGGCGUUGUUCUUUACGCACCAGCUAUUGCUCUAGAAGCAGUUACAGGACUUGAUAGACUGAUAUCUAUAUUAGUAGUUGGGUUAUCUUGUACCCUUUACGCAACUUUGGGAGGAAUGAAAGCUGUGUUGAUCACAGACGUUCUACAGUCUGCGCUAAUGUUUGCAGCAGUUUUGAGCGUUACUGUAUUCUGUUCCAUACAGCUUGGAGGCUUUGAACAGAUUUUUAUUAUCGCUCGAGAAGGUGGACGCCUGGAUUUGUCGAAUAUCAGCAUAAGACCAACGGAGAGACACACGUGGUGGUCCCUGAACAUUGGUGGUCUGAUCAACUAUUUGUCACUAUACGCAGUCAAUCAGACACAGGUCCAACGCCUGCUAACAGUGAGCUCGUUGAAGCGCUCGCAAGCUUGCCUGUGGUGGAGCUGGCCGGUGCUCGCCUUCAUGAGUUUCUGCAGCUGUCUCGCUGGUAUCGCCAUGUAUGCCGUGUACAAGGACUGUGACCCGCUGUCGUCGGGCAGCAUCACCGCUAUGGACCAACUUAUGCCAUACUAUGUAGUGGACUCUAUGCGAAGAAUACCAGGCAUCUUAGGGUUGUUCGUGGCCGGCAUAUUCAGCGCCACGCUGUCUACUGUGUCUUCUUCCUGCAACUCCCUGGCUGCUGUCACAUUAACGGAUUAUAUGGGCAAAUGCUGCCACGUCCGCAAGUCCUACAUCCCAUGGCUGACAAAGCUGGCGGCCUGCGUGUACGGCCUCGUGUUUCUCGGCGUGGCGUUUAUCGCCGAACACUUGGGAGGCGUGCUGCAGGCGGCACUGACGAUCUUCGCUGUGGUGGGCGGCCCGGUGCUGGGUGUGUUUACGCUUGGCAUGUUCACUACCUUCGCUAACGAAGCCGGUGUCUGCACAGGCUUAAUCAGCGGGCUGGCAUUGACGUUGUGGAUAAACUUUGGCAGACCUCGGCCUUCCCCUACUCGGCUACCCGUCAGUGUGGAAGGAUGCGUCGGUAACAUCACGCUACCGGCGCUGCCAGAAGUCAAUCCUGGAGACUACUUCUACCUCUACAGGCUGUCUUACUUGUGGACUAGUCCGAUCGGUUUAGUCUGCGUGCUGGUAGUAGGUUCUGUGGUGUCUUUGCUGUGGAGACACCAGCAACCGUGGCAGCGUGCUGGGCGAAGCCAUCCUGACCCGGCGCUCUUCACACCUCCGCUCGCCAAAAGGCUUCGGCGAAGUCAGGCGGAAAAGUCAGAUAUUCAAAUACAUUAAGUAAGUUAUGUUGAAUGAUAUAAAACUAUGAAAUAAAUAUUUGAAUGUCGAGCUUAAAUA